AUGAAUGGACUUCAAAUACAUCUUGAAUCAAGUAGCUUUGAAAUGCCUAUUAAUUUAGAAGAUGUUGCAAGUCCUAUGGAGGGAGUCACAAGUGGGCAUAAAGUGAAACGCAAAAUAAAACUCACUUCAAAGGAAUUUAAUAUUUGUGAAAUUGAAGAGUUAGGUGCCAAUACACAAAAAUCACAAUUGGAGCUUUAUUUAGAGGAGCCAAGGAUGGCUACUGAAAUUGAAUUGAAUGUGCUUGAUUAUUGGAAAGCAAAUCAGUUUCGUUAUCCUGAAGUUGCUUCAAUGGCUCGUGAUCUAUUGAGUAUCCCUAUAUCCACCGUUGCUUCUGAAUCUGCUUUUAGCAUUGGUGGACGAGUAUUAGAUCAAUUUCGUAGUUCAUUAAAGCCUUGCACUGUUGAAGCAAUAGUUUGUACAAGAGAUUGGUUAUUUUGGGAAAGAGAAUGCAGUUUGACUCUGGGGUAUAAGAAUGCUCGAAAAUUGAAAGCAAAGGGAAGUGGGGAAAAGUGGUAA